AUGAGGUUGUGGCUGGAGAGAUCAAUGGGUCAGGGGAGGCAAGAGGGCAAGUGGCACGGGACAGGUGCAAGAGGGCAAGGGCACGGCAUGUGCAAGAGGGGCAAGUGGCACGGGACAGGUGGCAAGAGGGCAAGUGGCACGGGACAGGUGGCAAGAGGGCAGGUGGCACGGGACAGGUGGCAAGAGGGGCAAGUGGCACGACAGGUGGUAAGAGGGGCAGUGGCACGAACCAUGUGGCAAGAGGCAGGUGGCACGGGACAGGUGGCUAAGAGGGGCAAGUGGCACGGGACAGGUGGGCAGGGGGCAAGUGGCACGGAACCAUGUGGUACGGGACAGGUGGCACGGGCCCAUGUGGUACGGGACGGUGGUGGGACAGGUGGCACGGGCCAUGGGUGCGGACGGGUGGUACGGGACAGGUGGUACGGCCCAUAUGUGGUAGGCGGUGGAGGGACAGGUGGACAUUAA